AUGGCCUCAAUGCCCGCAGGAGACCAGAAAUCCAAGAAAAAGAAAAAGUCCAAGAAGAAAGGCGCCAAUGCUCCCUCUUCGGCUGUCGAUGCUCCCACCCUCCCCGUCGAGUCUGAGGCUCCCGAUGCCGACGACGAGCCAGAAACAAAGGACGCCGUAGAGAAAGAAAACGAGGGCACGGAACCGGAACCGGAACUGGAACUGGAAGAUGAUGCCAAGUCAGGCCUGGACGGCAAGCAGGAGUCGUCCAGAGCAACAGACACAGCAGGACAAGAAACAAACCCUACUACUACUGAAUCCCCAGACUCCGCAACCUUGACCAAUGGAGACGCCAGUGCUGUUCCCGAAGCCGAGAAAGACGAGGGCGGUGACGAGGACAACGAUGCAGCAGUCCGGUUCGACGCGCUCGUCAAAGACCGCGAUACCCUCCGUCUCGAAGUCACUCAGCUGCGCCAGUCCCUCGAGGAAUUACGGUCCAGGCAUGCGACAGAAAUCGAGACCAUCCAAGGUGAAUUGGCUGACACACAAGCCGAGAAAGAGAGUGCAGAAGAACAGUAUCAGUCGCUACUAGGCAAGGUGAACACGAUCCGGUCUCAGCUCGGGGAGCGACUCAAGGCCGAUGCUGAAGACCUGGCGCAAGCGAGGACACGAAUAGACGAGCUGGAAGAACAGAAGUCCGAACUCCAAGAGAGAUAUACGGCUCGCUCCGCCGAAGUCGAGGAGCUGACGGCCCGCAACCAAGACCUUGUAGCCAAGGAGGCGGAACAUUCGAAGGAGCUGUCGAGCCUACGCAACCGCUUGACGCUGGCCCAGCAGAACUGGCGCAAGGAAAAAGAAGAGCUCGUCGACCAGGAAGCGUACCUCCGCGAGGAAUUCGAAAGCGCCAAACAGGCCAUGCACGACUGGGAGGUCCUGGCCAUGGAGGAACGCACUCUCCGCCGCGAUCUGGCCGACCGCGCCGCCGAUUUGGAGGAGCAGGUCUCGACGCUGAAAGAGGCGUACGACAAGGCCGCCGGCGACCGCGACACCCAGGCGAGCGCCGUCGAAGGACUGCAGAAGGCACUGUGGGAGAUCCAGUCAGUGCGAAAGCAGGAAUUGAAGGAACUCGUCGAGGCGAACCAGAAGGAGCAAGACGAACUGCGUGCACAGCUCCAUGAGCUUCAGGCCAAGCACGAUGCGACCGUCACCGAGUUGGAGCAGACCAAGAAAGAACUCGACAGGGCCCUUCCGUUUGAGAAAGAGGUCAAGGAGAAAAACCUGCUCAUCGGAAAGCUGAGGCACGAGGCGGUCAUCCUGAAUGACCAUCUCACCAAGGCCUUACGGUUUCUCAAGAGGGGCAAGCCAGAGGACAAUGUGGACAGACAAAUCGUCACGAACCACUUCCUCCAAUUCCUCGCCCUGGACCGUGCCGACCCGAAGAAAUUCCAGGUGCUGCAGCUCAUCGCUGCCCUGCUCGGAUGGAGCGAGGAGCAACGCGAACAAGCCGGCCUGGCGCGCCCGGGUGGCCAUGGGUCCAACACCUCGAAUUCCAACUCCCUCCGACUACCCGGGUCGCCGCUGUUUCACCGCACGCCGAGCACGCCUGCAUUUCACCAUGACUAUUUCGGUCCGGACAGCGUGACCAGUCCCGGAUCUGCCACCAAGGAGUCUCUGGCCGAGCUGUGGCAGCAUUUCUUGGAACAAGAGGCCGGGGCGAGUAGCACCAAGACGAGGCCGACCAAGUCGAGGCAAGGCAGCCAAAGCACGAUCCCGCCGCCGACGCCGACGCUGAAAUAA